UCCCGUUCGGUCCGUACCGCCGGCCCUGCCAGCUGUGCGCAACACCAGGGAAAACACCUCUCGCUUCCGGCACGUGAAACUCGUAAUUUGGCAACCAGGCUGGAGUAAUAACCAGUCAUGGAAAGGAAAAUCUGAUUUGCAUCUGGGGCCGGAGUCUGACGUCAGCCGGAGCAGGAAGCAGCGCUUCAGAGACUGCCGGGGAUCGCUUGCAGGUUUGCGGGCUCUUUCCCCGGCAGCGAGCCUCCCCGGCCGGGCGGGACAUGCUGUGAGGGCAGCUCCUCAGAGAAGAGGAAGCUCUGGGAGAAAAGAGGAGAGGCCAGUGAGAGUCGCUGCCCGCGGCCGCGGUGCCUGGCCCGGGGAGCACCAUGCGCAGCCGCUGCUGAUGGCCGCGGUGGGGCCAGAGGGCUGUCCGGAGAGGGACCGCGGAGCGAUGGCCCUGCAGCAGCCGCCCCUCGCCCUCAGAGGGGGCUCGGGCCCGCCGCUGUACAUCCACAGUAUGCCCGCCUGGGUGCUGGAGGACUUCUGCCAGAAGAUGGAUUGCUUGAGCGACUACGACUGGAUGCGGUUCGCCUCCUAUGUGAUCACUGAUCAAACAGAGCUACGGAAAAUCAAAUGCAUGGAGAAGACAGGGAUCAGCAUCACGAGGGAGCUCAUGUGGUGGUGGGGAGUGAGGCUGGCGACAGUGCAGCAGCUCCUGGACCUGCUGCAAGGGCUGCAGCUUUACCGAGCGGCUCAGGUCAUCCUGGACUGGACAUCGGCCUCUGAUGUCACCAGCCCUAAGAAAGAAGAGCUGGAGCCGCCCAAACAGAUCAUAUCUGUACCUCCCACAGAAGGCAAAAGGAGAGAGAAAGAAAAUGAGAUAAGUUCGUUGCCAUGCCCAGACUCCUCACACCUGGGAGCAGUCCCAGCAGGCACUUCAGGUGCUGUUUCUGAAGGAGCCUUCUAUUCCCUCCCUGCUCCACCACCUCCCCCAAGAGACCUUUUGAGUUCCCUACAGUCCAUUCCUCCUGUUUUAUCAAGUGUGAAGCCUUGCAGCUCUUCUACUCCUCAGCAGGAGACGAUGGCUGAUCUCCCUAGCGGGAGUCUCCUGUGGACCCAGAGGGAAAUUGCUGAUACCACAAACAGUUUCAGUGACAAGAACAGAAUCUGUGAAGGUACUUUUGCAGACAUCUACAAAGGCCAGAGGAACAACAUGGUGUAUGUCAUCAAAAGACUCAAAGAGCUGGAAUGCACAAGCCCAAAUUCCACCCAGAGGUUCUUUCAUACAGAAGUGCAGAUUUGCUUUCGGUGUUGUCACAUAAACAUUCUGCAGCUGCUGGGGUUCUCGGUGGAAACUGGAUUGCACUGUCUGAUGUAUCCGUACCUACCCAAUGGCUCCCUGCAAAACAAGCUUCAGUGCCACGAUGAUUCUGCUCCACUGACCUGGGAGACGCGAAUUAGCAUUUCUAUAGGAGUAGUCAGAGCAGUGGAGUAUUUGCAUAAUUUUGGAAUUCUUCAUGGGAAUAUCAAGAGCUCAAAUGUCUUGUUGGACGAAAACUUUACACCAAAGCUUGGGCAUUCUGGCCUGCGAUUGCAUUCUUCUGAUAAAAAAUCGGAAUAUGCCACGAUGAAAACCAAAGUCCUACAAGCGUCUCUUACUUACCUGCCAGAAGAUUUUGUCAGACAUGGGCAGUUAACAGAAAAAGUGGAUAUAUUCAGCUGUGGUGUGGUCUUAGCAGAGAUACUGACAGGGAUUAAGGCACUGGAUGAAGACAGGCACCCGAUUUACCUGAAAGAUAUGAUUGCCGACGAAAUUCAAACAGCAAAAGAAAGCUCACACUCCAAAGUAAAAAAUUUGGAAAAAGUGGCUGCCAAGGAAAUCUGCUGCAAAUACCUAGACAGAAAAGCAGGGCACUUGCUGGAAGAGGUGGCUGUUGAUUUUGCAUCAGCCAUCUGCCUUUGCCUGAGAAAGAAAAAUUCGAACAUAGCAGAGGUACUUGAAAUUAUGGAAAUGGCUGAAAACAAAUUAAAAGAACAUUACAUCUGUGGAAGCAGCACUUCCGGAUUCUCCAUGAACACUCCAGAAGAAACUGAUGAUGAGACAGCCAGUCUGAGCAUGGAUGUGCCUUCUGCAGUGGGGAAUAAAGAGGAGAGCACCCAGGCAGCAAUCCUGACCAGUGGCAGCCCCUGCGCCCCUUUCAUGGGAGCUGUGGCACCCGACACGUACAGCAACUACAUGUCACGGGUCCCUUGUGAAUCAGAUGAGUCCAGUAGUUUCAUAUGGAAUCCUCCAGAAAAAUCCACAGAGGAGUUACCUAGCCACAACUGUUCCAAUUCAGAAAAAGUGGCAGCCUGUGAUUACAGGAUCAAGCAGGAAAAGCCUGCCCAGGGACUGCAGGAGAGAAACAUGGCAUGCGCCAGAGGUGAUGGCAUCCUGGAGACAGCAGCUGCUGCACAGGGCACCUGUCCACAGGGAAACACAGACCUGGACUCCUCGUGUGCUUCACAAGCCUUAGCCAGAGAGACAUCUUGGAAAAUACAGAUAAAUGAUCAAAAAAAGAAGCUAAUGGAAAAUAUUUUGCUGUAUGAAGAAGACAAGUUAAACAGUUCUGAACUUUUUGAAUCAUAAAUUGGAUGGACUUACAGCAGUGGCCAGCCCAGAAGAAAUAAGGACUGUCUCCUCAUUAGAAAGAUGGUAAAAGUGUACCUUUCAUGUAAGAUUAGGUAGCAUAUUUGGAACAUUAGCCCUGACUAAAGGAAACAAAAGUACCACACGGAGAAGCAGCAGAAAAUCCCUGUUCUGUAGCAGAUUAAAGCACAGUCCCACUCUGUACACAGAAAUGCCUUUUGCCUUUUCAUCUGCAAUGUGAAAAGGAAUGGCAAACACAAGUGCCAAAAUAAUUUAUGAUUCAUUUGCAGUGCAGUGUGUUUCAGGAGGCAUCUGUUCAUCUCAUUAAACCGCAGUCCGGGGAGUUACAGAGCAAGCACUGACCAGUGGCCAGGCAGCAAUACCCUGUGUUGUUAUCCCCACUGCGUACAGCAGACAGGAAUCCGCAGAGUCAUUGGGGAGGCUUUCCAAUGACUCUCUCCUAUUCCAUAUAAUCUUAGUCCACGUACUCAAAACCACUGCAUUACCAGAGAGGGGGAUUUUUAUGCAAGUUCUCAGAAUGUUGUACGUGGCUUCAUCUCGGUUUCAAUUGCACUGACCACAGGUGUAAGUAAAUAACUUCAGCCACUUUCCUCUACUCUCAGAGCUUCUCUCCCACAUACACAUGUGACACCAUUUAAGUCCAACCUUUCAGUUCACUGUUGGGAGCUCUAAGACCAUGUUUAAUACUUAAUAGGACUACUUUUGGGAAUGUUUUUUUUUCUAAGUGUCCUUUACAUGUUAAUGUUUCUCACUGUGUUUCACACAGCAACUGUUGUAUAUUUCGGAUUACGGAAAAUAUUUUAAUUUAAAAUAGCUUUGUUUCUUUUACAGGACACUUGAAAUUUAAUUUAUUUUGGCAAUGGGUCAAAUAUAAGCUAGUAAGGGGACUUGUUGAUGGUCCCACGCUCACCAGGUGUUCUCAGAGGAAUCCUUGUGGGUGUCCCUUGGUUCACCCAGCAGUAGGAGCCUCGGUCUCAGCCCCAGGGAUCACAUGCAAAAGAAAAAAUAGAAACUUGUAUGCUGGUGUAUUUAUGAUCAAGUGAAACCCGCUUAAGAAAGUAUCACUUUUAUUUUUAUGAUAUUCAUUAUUCAUUAUAUUGCUAGCAUAUUCCACUCGUGUGCAGUCUAGGGAAAUACAGGUUUAUUAUAAACCAAAAGAACUGUCAGAGUAUGUAGCUCAGCUUACAGACAGGUGAGCUGUCUCCUGAGCACAGGGAACAGGGCCUGAUGUGCAGAAAUGGCUGGAAUUCACUGUGCAGUUCAGGAAACAAACAAAAAAAUUAAUUAUAUGUAAUUAUUUUAAUUGGAAUUGUGUAACAGUAUACAUUCCUAGCUUUACACAAAGGCCUCACACCUCUUUUUGUACAGUACCUAGUUCAUUGUAUGUAUUACUAUGAGCAAGUAAAAGUAUUUUAACAAAGACUGGAAUUAUCUACACAUUUCUCAAAUUAUUCUCUACACUAAAAACUGGUAAAAUUCUGUAAUUAUAAGUGCCUUGGAUACUGUCUAUAUAUUUACCAGUGUCAUUUUUUUUAUUUUACCAGAAUCAAACCAAGAUAAGAUUAGUACUGACAUAAGAAACAUUGUAUAUUCAGAUUGGUCAAUAACCGCUUAGUUCUACAGGAGAUUUGAGAUACUUUAUGGCACUGAAAAUGUAAUAUUCAUUGUUUUUCAUGGGUGUAUUCUGGGAGACCCAUUGCAACAACCUCAAUGAGUCUUCUCCAGAAAGGAAUGCACAUGGAUACACUGCAGAGCUGAAUGGGAAACGCGAGAGUUUUAAACUGAGAAAUGUAAUUUGUACACAGUUCUGUUUCAAAAAAGUGCUUUAGAAGUUUUGUUCUCCUGUAGUCACCAAAUGGAAUUGUUAUUCUUUGCCUUGUACCCUGAUAGUUUUAAAAUAUGCUGAGGUGAUAUAGGCGGCCUUAUAGAGUUACCUGAAUAUUUAACGUAACAUACAUAAGACACUGUGUGGUCUUAUAUUAACACUGUUAUGUAACUUGGCAAUUCAGAAGCCAGUUUAUGCAUUACCAUUUACUAAUAGCUUUGUGAAUAAAAAAACUGAAAAGUU